GGACCACGCUGUACUUCCCUGUUCCUGCUCCUCCUAGCUCAAGGAUGGCAGACACGGGACAGACAAGAGCAACGACAUAUAUUUAGGAGUUUUGUGAUGAAUCCACAUUUGCGGUGUACAGCUGUUGCAUUAAUAGUUUUGAUAUGACAGUGAUUUAAUUUCUCACCGCCAAUGAGUCAUCUUACGAAGACAGUUCAAGGUUUCCGAAACACCAUGUUUUCCUUUGGGCUAAGCUAGCAAGCAGCGGUUAGCAAAUAAAUGAACUUGUAUUUUGUAAGUUACAGCACAAGAAGAAAGAAGCUGCUCUGCAUAUGGUGUACUAACACCUUGCAAAGUUACAUUUCAUCAUGGCUAUUGCACAGUUUCGUCUCUUCAAGAUCUGCACAUGUCUAGCCAGCAUACUUUCUUUCUUUAAAAGGCUGAUAUGCAGGAGUGGCAGGGGGCGCAAACUCAGUGGUGAUCAAAUAACUCUCCCAACAACAGUGGAUUUUUCAUCAUCGGUACCAAAACAGCCAGAGAUUGAAGAAUGGAGCUCCUGGGAUGAAGAAGCCCCUACAAGUAUUAAGAUUGAAGGUGGUAAUGGAAAUAUUUCCCCUGCACCCAAUGAUGUAGAUGAAGAGCCAGACUACUUCAAAGACAUGGCCCCCACCAUCAGGAAAACACAGAAGAUCAUGCUGAAGAAAAGGGAGCCUUUUAACUGCCUGGUGCCUGAUGGCUCAGCAGGAUUCUCUAGCAGACUGGCUGCCUCUCAGGAUAUGAUGACCUUCAGUCCUCCCUCUGCUGAGCUGGGAGAAAUGGACAACUGGCAGGAAGACACAAACGCAUGGGAGGAUGAGUCUGAUGCUGCCUGGGAGGCAGAGGAGGUGCUCAGACAACAGAAGAUUGCUGAGAGAGAAAAGCGAACCAUGGAGCAGCAAAGGAAGAAGUUGGAGAAAGACGCUCAGAGAAUGAUGAAAAAGGAGCAGAAGAUUGCUGUCAAGCUCUCGUAACAUUUUAGAAUUGCUUGUUUUUGAGCCAAAGGGAUAGAGAGUACAAAAGACACUGAAUCAAUCAUAACUCUCUUUUUAAAGUCCUCAAACUGACCAGGAUUGUCAGCCUACACUUCACAUUUGUUAGCAGACUUUCCUCCUUAUCCAGUCCAUUUCUACCAGCAGCCAUUUUAAGUCAGUUUACUAUUUGCAGCAGGAUAAAAGGCAUCAUUCUUAAAGGCAGAUAAUGCACCUGGUGUCCUUGCUGUUCAUGUGGCAUUUCAGUGGCAUGGUUGUAAUCAUACAAUCCAAUUCACCUUUAGGUUAAAUGUUAGAUGCUGCAUUAGACAGCACCAUUUAGAUUCUGAUUAAAUCUGUUAAGUAGCAGGAAAAAAUGUCUUAUUUUGAUUUGUCACAGGAACAUUUGUAAAAAAAAACAAACAAAAAAACUGCUACCUGUGCUACUUUUUUGAAAUUCAAAUAGGGAGUGCAAUUCCUUUUCUUUGUCUUAUUUAUAACCUUAAAAGACAAAGGAGUGUAAUUAAUUUAAAGCAUCCCUGUAUACCAGUGACAUCCCUCUAUUUGCUUGGUAAUUGUUUUUAUAUUUAUGUCUUUGAGAACAGAAUUAUGUUCUAAUGAAUAUUGUUUCUAUUUCACAUUAUCUCCCUGUGCUGUGCAGUCCUUAUUACACUGGAAAUCUCUAUUAAAUUGAAGGCUGAAGGUUUUCAAAAUGAGUAAGGAUAAACAGAGUUAGACUAUAGCUGUGGGUUCCUAUGGUAAUCUCAUGGCCACUGAGCUGCCAUCUAUUCUUCUCCAUUGUCAGCUUUUGAUAUUGACGAGUGAUCACUGUUUUUUUCCUUUGUCAUCCAGGAAACAAUGCUACCAUGCUCUUAAAUUGUUGAUAAUACUCACUGCACAAACACCCUUUAUAAAAAUGGAUCACCAUCACCACAUAAUCUCAUUUUGGUUAUCUCGACCAAUAUUGAGAUAAAAAAUAAAUUGCUUGUUUUUCUCAUCUGAAAAUGUAAGGCUAACAGUUGAUGUUAAUGGAUAUUGUUGAGCAUCCCGUUAUGCA